AUGUUUAGUCAAGAUUAUUUCUUUGCAACCAUAGUUAUACUGAAGUUUGAUAUUGCAGUUUGGUUAAAAUUGUGCUUUGAAAUGUGUGAACCGAACCGCAUCGGUUCAUGGUUUAAACACUUAACCACUUCUGGAGGAAUUUGA